CAUUUAGUUGCUACUUGAUUCCAGGGGUGCUUUCAACAAUGAUGAUAGCUUUGCGUAUGUUUGUGAGUUAAGUUACUUUCGUGGCCUUAAUUUGAAAAGGCAGAAGUUUAAAAGUUGGAUAUACAAUAGUAGGAGCAUUUUAACUUGGCCCAGCAAGGAAUUAAGCACCUUCUAAAACAAAAGUUUUAGGGAUUUGAUAAGGCUCUUGGGAAGCCUAUGCUAGGGAAGUUCAACCUUAGGCCAUUUAAUUAUCAAGAUAGCGGUCCUGAGUAUAGAAGUAAAUUUUGCCAUACAGCAUUUAAUGGCCAGGCUCUGUUUAUAAAGUCAGCACCAAAGCAAGCAAACCAUGGCCUAAUGUUUAUAUAUAUAUAUAUUAAUUUUGGAGCAUUUCUAAACUGCUUACCAUUUUAAAAUCUUCUAGGCUGUGUACAACAUAAAAACAAAAUGCGUUAAAACAAAAAUGCAGCCUAAAAUGAAUAAAACAGUAUAAAAACAUCAGAGCAAGUAAAAAGAGAUUCAGGGGAAUUCGUGCACAUAAAUUGGGACCCAAAUCUUAUGGGUCAGGGAAGGCCUGAGCAAAACGAUAAGCCUUUACAAGAUGUCUGAAGCAACUGAUGGCGGCUGCUUUGCAUAUGACAGAGGAAAGAGCACUGCAUAGUAGAGGAAAAGCAGCAGAAUAUGCCUGUUUUCAGGCCACCACCCUGUGAUAUUCUGUAGGGUGUGAUUCCAUGAGUAGAAUUUCUCAGAAGAUAUGAGAGAUCUUACAGGUCUAUAUAUACCGGGGUAGACGGUCUCUCAGGUAACUGAAACCUAAAUGCGCUGAGGCAUACAAAACCUAGAAAGAUGCGGUGCCAAUGUGGAAAACAUAUAAAAAACCAUUGUUUCCCAUUACAGGUGAAACUGUCAGCAAACUUAUUACUGCGCUGUGAUUAAGUUAGGCAGGGUUUCCACUUUCCAUUUAUAUGCUUGCUGCCAAAACUACACUUGUAGGUUUGUUUGCUGGGCAGAGGGUUGGGCCAAGACUCUCAUAGUAACCACUAUAUAUAUUUUUUUCUAGUUCUCAGCCCAACAUAUAGGUGCUUUGCUUGUGAGCAGGCACCUUCUCUGUCCCCACUUCUCCCUCCCCCCCAAAAGAUCCUGAAACGUAGAACUGCAACACUGAAAGGCCAACCAACUUUGCACCAUCACCAGGUUGUAUACCUAAACCAUCUCCAAUAGGUGCUUGGCCAGUCUUUUCUUGAAAACAUUAAAGGAAACCAACUCUAUAAUCUUUUAUGAAGAAUAUGGAUGGAGACGGUGGGUCAGUCAGUCAGUCUUAACGCUUGCUCAUAAUACUAGGUCACUCAUUGAUGAUGAGCAGCAGUAGCAGGAACUUGUGAAUCACUUCCACCACCACCCCGAAAGCUCCCAAUUCCAUGGUCUCCUACACAGCCAAACACAAUCCAGCCCUCGAGAAGUUUCAUGUUGUCACUGAAAUCUGGCUACAAUUUUAGCAUUUCUUUCCAGAUCAUUAAUCUACUGGGAGAGGACACUUUCCCCCAUCGCCUAUAGCACUGGAGAUGUCAUUUGUUUGCAUUGCAUCAGGAGGAUUAUGAUGAGGUGAAGGGUAAACUCUCCUUACUACAUUGUAGUCCUGAUCCUGAUUGAGCCUUCCGUGGCUGCUGUUUUAGCAAAGAGAAAAACAAGCGUGCAGUUGCUUAAUGACAUGUUUUAAGGUAACAUGUGGUUUGGUCCUCAGGAAAAGGCCAGUGAAGGUGUUCAAGUCAAGCGUUCAAACUCAAGAGUGGCCUACAAAAUAAAUGGAAACACUGAUGCCCAAGUCCUCAAUUCAUGUCCGCGGUAGGGAACUUUAGGCAUGGGGACUGAAUGUAGCCCUCAAGACAGCUCUGGCUGCCUUUUGUCACUCCCCAGUUUAUAUCUCGCUCUCUCCACAGCCUCAACCACUUUUGCCUGGCUGGUACAGUAUGUGCCUCUGAACUGUGACCCUGCCUCUUGCUUACCAGGAUGGAGGGGAGUGGUCUAUGGGCAGAAUCCUCUGGCUUUUGCUCUUGUAUGGCCGGAGCAUCACCUAUGGUUGAAAGAAAAGACUCUUGGCCAUUUCUCUGACAAAAGGAUGCCACUGAGCAAAUACACCCUUCAGACUGAAAAGGGCUUCCUUCCCUCCUCAGAUUUAUAUUGCACAUGGCAGGGAUGUAGAGAGGGCUGAAGUGGUAGAAGGCAGAUUGCGGAGAAGCAUCAAUAAACCGUUUUCUUAGUACGAGUUGCCCUCAACCAAGACAUACCUUUGGGAUGGUCCAAACAAUAUUGAUCUUCAGCCCUCCAAACAAUAUCUGUGUGCUGCACGUGAAAUUGAGCGUUACUGGGCAUGUCAAACCACCCCCAUGCAGUCAGUGCAUGUGUGACUGUUUCAGCUGUACAAGUCCAAUUUUUUUUCUAAGGCUGCAUAACGGCUUAAAACUGUUGACGCUCUUCAGAUAAUAUAUUUGUGAGUUAACAUUUUUCCCAGGGCUCUGUAAAUAUUGGAGGAAAUGCUCCCAUCUGUGACCACCGCUUCCUCUCCACCCUGUGGCACAUGAUGUGCAUAAUCUUAAAGGGUGUUUGUUUUUUUUAGAAGGGGGGCUGAACUUUCUGAAAUUUGCAGAAAGGGAACUUCUGCAAAAUAUGUUGAGAAAAUGACAAUUAUGUGCUUAGCAGGAAAUGGAAAGCUAAGGUUGCCUGUGUGCAUUUUCUUUAAAAUAUAAUUUCCUUUAGACCUGUAACUUUUUUUGUACUUGUAUGCACUAUUUUAUCUGUUACAGGCUUGCACAUGCCAACUCUUUAAGAAACACACACUCGGGUUUCAUGUAGGGCUGCAUUAAGUAUUCACCAGUUCCGGUACUAGUACUGAAACCAGCAGUUUCUGCAGAGUAGAUUCCUCACCUGCAAGAAAAUGAGAUUGCGUGAACAUUCACCUUCUUUCUCUGUAGCCCCUUGCUUUCCCCCCAAUUUUGUUGAGUUCUGUUUCCCCUUGCGGGUAUUCACCCACCCCUGGAUUAACACAGGUAUAUAUCACAGUGCUACUACAUGUGAUGUUGAAGGUGAUGGAUUUUAGUAAAUAAAACCUGCAGGUUUGGUUCCCUGAUGGUGCCAUUGGAGGCAAUUGAAAAUGAAGGAGAGUGAGCAUGGGACAAACCUGAAUAGGAAGAUGGACAGUCUGGGCAGCAACCACUCUAUCCCCAGCAUGUCUGUGAGCACAGGCAGUCAGAACAGCAGUGUCAACAGCAUACAGGAGGUCAUGGAUGAGAGCAGCUCUGAGCUGGUCAUGAUGCAUGACGACGAGAGCACCAUUAAUUCCACUUCCUCUGUUGUGCACAAGAAGGAUCAUGUAUUCAUAAGGGAUGAGGUGGGCCACGGGGAGCGCAGGCCUGAGCUGCGGCCUACCCACUCAGUCCAGAAUCGGGCCCUCCACUACCGGAACCGAGAACGCUUUGCCACAAUCAAAUCAGCAUCUUUGGUUACAAGGCAGAUCCAUGAGCAUGAGCAGGAGAACGAGUUGCGGGAACAGAUGUCAGGUUAUAAGCGGAUGCGGCGCCAGCACCAGAAGCAGCUGAUCGCCCUGGAGAACAAGCUGAAGGCUGAAAUGGACGAGCACCGCCUCAAGCUGCAGAAAGAGGUGGAAACUCAUGCCAACAACUCGUCCAUUGAGCUGGAGAAGCUGGCCAAGAAGCAAGUGGCCGUCAUAGAAAAGGAGGCAAAGGCAGCAGCAGCAGACGAGAAGAAAUUCCAGCAGCAGAUUAUGACUCAGCAGAAGAGAGAUCUGACCAAUUUCUUAGAAAGUCAGAAGAAGCAAUACAAGAUUUGCAAGGAAAAGAUAAAAGAGGAGAUGAACGAGGAUCACAGCACACCGAAGAAGGAGAAGCAAGAGAGGAUUUCCAAACACAAAGAGAACCUGCAGCACACACAGGCUGAAGAGGAGGCUCAUCUUCUCAGCCAGCAGAGACUCUACUAUGACAAAAACUGCCGUUUCUUCAAGCGAAAAACCAUGAUCAGGAGGCACGAGUUGGAGCAGCAGAACAUUCGGGAGGAACUGAACAAGAAGAGAACGCAGAAAGAGAUGGAGCACGCCAUGCUAAUCCGGCACGACGAGUCGACGCGCGAGCUAGAAUACAGGCAGCUGCACACGUUGCAGAAGCUACGUAUGGACUUGAUCCGGCUGCAGCACCAGACGGAGCUUGAGAACCAGCUGGAGUACAACAAGCGGCGGGAGCGGGAGCUGCACAGGAAGCAUGUCAUGGAACUGCGGCAGCAGCCCAAAAACCUAAAGGCCAUGGAAAUGCAGAUCAAGAAGCAGUUCCAGGACACUUGCAAAGUGCAAACCAAGCAGUAUAAAGCACUCAAGAACCACCAGCUGGAAGUGACUCCAAAGAGUGAGCACAAAACUAUUCUGAAAGGCCUGAAGGACGAGCAGACAAGGAAGCUUGCCAUCCUGGCUGAGCAGUACGAGCAGAGCAUCAAUGAGAUGAUGGCAUCGCAAGCGCUGCGGCUAGAUGAGGCUCAGGAAGCGGAAUGCCAGGCCCUGCGGUUGCAGCUUCAGCAAGAGAUGGAGCUGCUGAAUGCCUAUCAGAGCAAAAUCAAGAUGCAGACGGAAGCACAGCAUGAGCGGGAACUCCAGAAGCUGGAGCAAAGGGUGUCGUUACGCAGGGCACAUCUUGAGCAAAAGAUUGAAGAGGAGCUGGCGGCCCUGCAGAAGGAACGCAGCGAGAGGAUAAAGUUUCUGUUGGAAAGGCAAGAGCGAGAGAUUGAAACUUUUGACAUGGAGAGCCUACGGAUGGGCUUUGGAAAUUUGGUCACGUUAGAAUUUCCUAAGGAGGACUACAGAUGAGAUUAAAUUUCUUUUGCCAUUAAAAAAACAAAAAUGCAAACAAAAAAUAUCUCAAAUCCCAACAUUCCCCCCCCAUGUUAACGGGUGUGCUCUCUCUCUUUCUGUCUCUUACUGACAUCAUGUCGGACUUAGUGCCUGUAUAUUCUUACUCCAUCAGGGGCCCCCCUUCCCGCCAAGUGUCACGUUCCAGAGCAGGACCAUUGCUCCGCAGUCUCUCUUGAAUCUCAUAGUGUCUCACAGUAUUGAUGUCUCUGUGCAAUGAUUUUUUUUUAUUAUUAUUAAAAAAAACACACGUUUCAAUGAAAACUUUGGAGACAAUUCUAACGAAUCAAAACAAAAGUGGAUGUAUGUUUGCUUUUCAGCAAUCACUCAUAUUUUUUUGCCACCUUACCAAUGAAAAUUCAAGCAAAAAAAACAAAAAAACCAAGGAAGGAAAAUUAAAAGGAGUCAAAUUCCCAGGGGGAGAGAGAUGGGUAUCGCAGCCUUACCUUAAUCAGCUGCUGCAUAACGUUUUGAGUUUUUAAUUUUAUUAUUAAUUAUUAUUAUUUCUUUUUUUGGUAUUUAUUCAUCAGGAAUAACUAAAUGAAAAAAAAUAAUAAUAAAAAAAUUUUAUUAAGAGAUUGAGAAAUUUGAUACAUUUUACAGAAAAUAUGAAUUCUGAAAUUGUGCUGUACAUAUCAGUGGUGGACAUAUUAUUACUUUGGGGGC